AAAAAUAUAAAAAAUUAUUAUAUUUUAAAAAAAAUAAAAAUAAAUUAAUAAAUAAUAACAUUAAUAAAUAUAAAAUUAUAAAAAAUAAAUAUAUUUUAAUAUUAAUAACUAAAUAUCAAUGGAAGGAACAAAUAAAAGACCUAUUACCAGAAGAAAUUCAAUUGUAGAUCUAGAUAAAAAGCUAGCAACAUCCCUAUAAUAUUAGAUUUAUUUUUAAUAGAUGGUAAAUGUUUAGCAGCAAAAAAAUAUAGAGAAAAAAACAAUCUUUCAAAUGAUACAAUAAAUACCCUAGAUUAUCACAAAUAUUGGAAAGAAAAUAGUAUUGAAGAUCCAACAUUAUAAUCAAUUAUAAGAAAUCUACUUUCAGUUGCUUCUUCGUCCGUUGAAAUUGAAAGAACAUUUUUGGAUGCUAAGUUGUUGGUUACAUGUAGACAACAGAUCAAAUUUGGGUUGGGAAAGAAUAGAACAAUGUGUGUUAUUAAGGGAAUGGGCAAACUUUUCAAGAGUAGAUAUUGUCGAAAACUCUGUCUUUUAUAACUAUUCAAAUAUUUCAAAAAUGGAAUGAUUAAAUAAAAUUGUACAAGAAUUUUAAAUAUUUUUCAUAC